CGCUCGGCCGCCGAGAGGCGCGGGGGGGAGGUUCCCCGCCGGUAAUAAGGCCCUUGGCAGGUGGUGGAGGCGGCGUGCGGGGCUCGCUGCCGCCAUGAACCCCGGCGGCGGGGCGGGGGCGGCGCCGGCGUUCCCGGGCCCCGUGCAGUUUCCAGGAGGCACCACGGUGCUGGUGGAGCUCACCCCGGACAUCCACAUCUGUGGCAUCUGCAAGCAGCAGUUCAACAACCUCGAUGCCUUCGUUGCGCACAAGCAGAGCGGUUGCCAGCUCACGAGUGCGGCAGCUGGGGCCACCAGCACGGUCCAGUUUGUGUCAGAGGAAACGGUGCCCUCGACACAGGCACAAACCACGGCCAGGACCAUCACCUCGGAGACCCAAACCAUCACAGUUUCUGCACCAGAGUUUGUUUUUGAGCAUGGCUAUCAAACAUACCUGCCUAGCGAGAGCAGUGAGCCUCCAACUGCUGCUAUUGUCUCUACACCACCAAAAGCACGUUCAAGAAAAUCGACUUCCUCGCUUACACAGAAGAAACUAAACUGUUGCUAUCCAGGUUGCCAGUUCAAGACUUCCUAUGGUAUGAAGGAUAUGGAACGUCAUCUGCGAACCCACACAGGAGACAAGCCCCAUAAAUGUGAUGUUUGUAACAAAUGUUUUAGUCGCAAAGAUAAACUGAAGAUGCACAUGCGGUCCCAUACUGGCGUGAAGCCUUACAAAUGUAAACACUGUGACUAUGCAGCUGCUGACAGCAGCAGUCUCAACAAGCACCAGCGCAUUCACUCCAAUGAGCGUCCUUUUAAAUGCCAAAUCUGUCCUUAUGCAAGCCGCAACUCUAGCCAGCUAACUGUGCACCUCAGAUCCCACACAGGAGAUGCUCCUUUCCAGUGUCAGAUGUGUCCUGCUAAAUUUAAAAUCAACUCGGACUUGAAGAGGCACAUGCGUGUGCAUUCUGGUGAGAAACCUUACAAAUGUGAGUUCUGUGAGGUCCGGUGCGCCAUGAAAGGAAACUUGAAAUCACACAUUCGUAUCAAACACAGUAUGGAAAAUACUCUGAAGUGUCCAGAGUGUGAGUUUCAGUGUGGAAACAAAACAAGCCUUCGACACCACAUAAGAACUCAUCAGCCUGAGCAGCCAGUGAAGUGCUCGGAGUGCAACUACUCUUGUUCCAACAAGGCAGCUCUGAAAGUGCAUGAGCGAAUUCACUGCAAAGAUCGUCCUUUCAAAUGUGAAUUCUGCAGCUUCGAUACCAAGCAGCGGAGCAACCUGACUACUCAUGUGAGGAAAGCUCAUGGAGACAAAGUCAAGACCAAGAAGCAAACUGUGGAGAAGAAGGAAGGAGAUAGGCCAAAGCAAGGUGGCUCCAGGCAAGUUGCCAAAUUAGAUGCCAAGAAGGCAUUUAAGUGUGAUUUGUGUGAUGCUUCCUUUGUCCGAGAAGAUUCUCUUAGGAGUCAUAAGAAGCAGCACAGUAUGUACAGUGGAUCUAAAAAUAAUGAACUGGCUGUUCUGCAGCUCCAGAUGGAUCCCAGUCGACAGACCAGUGCCCCGAUUACUGUCAGUCACCUCCAGGUCCCAAUUCAGGCUGCUCAGGCUUCUCCAUACAAUGAGGGAAGGGUCAAGAUCAUUGUGGGUCACCAGGUUCCUCAGAGUAACAGCAUAGUUCAGGCUGCAUCAGUGAAUGUUGUGCCCCCCACACUAGUUAGCCAGAACCAGGAAGAUCUCUCAGGCAACAGCCGCUUGCAGCUGCUGGGCCAAGUCAGUUUGCUGGCACCACCUCCACCUCCAAUAUCACAAAGCGAAGCAGUGCCUGUGGCACAACCAGCAGUUCUUCUAACAACCCAUGAUCAAACUGAUGGAACUGCUUUACACCAAACUCUGAUUCCUGCUGCACCUGUCAGCAGUCAUGAGGCUUCAGCAAACCAAGCUUUCAUCACCAGCUCUGGAAUCAGCUGCUCUGACUUAGAAGGCCUUAAUGCUUUGAUACAAGAAGGAGCAACAGAAGUGACUGUGGUUAGUGAUGGAGGUCAGAGUAUCACGGUGUCCACUUCAGCUCCCCCUCCUCCUAUCUUCUCAUCUUCUCACACAGAAGCCCCUAAGCAGACCUACUCCAUCAUUCAAAGUGGACCACACACAGCUUUGCUGUGUCCAGCAGACUCAAUACCAGAUUAGUCACAAAGAAACUAACAAAUUUCAGCCUUGGAGGCGCUGGUGAUUUCAGCAGAAAUGCAUAGAACAUAAGUGAAUACAGAAUUUGUCCUACAAAGCCAAAUACCUUCCACAUACGUGUUCUGCUUGUCUGUACGUGGAAACAUACACCUUAUAUGUGGCAAAGAGGUUGUGUAUGUUUGUGCUUCUAUUGAAAUCGGAGGCUAUGUUCUUCAUAAAAUCUGAGCAUCAAAGCAACUAUUGAAAGCUUCACCAAGCAGUAAGCUUCCUGGACUAGGAUUCUUGUAUUGUGCUGGCAAAAAUAAGAAAACCUCACCUUACGUUUAACUAUCUUCACAGCAGACUUUCAUGUAUACACAAAAGACAAUCGUCCGAGCCAUUCCAAGCUAUAUUUUUAAGUGAGGUCUGUUUUGAUUACAUGCUAUGUAUGGAUUAACUGAACCUGGCUGGUUGUAGACAUUUCUUACAGAUCAAUAAUGGAGCCCUACUGAAGGUCAUGGGACCUGUUGCUUAAUAUUAGUAGAAGUGGGUAGCAUGUGACACUUGAUCUGGUAAUGCUGAUGCAGAAGACCAAGUGAUGGUUUUUAGAAGACAAAAUAAUUUUGUCCAUCAGUAAUAACUAAGUUUGUUAGCAAGAACACUAUUGCAAAUCAUGUAUAUGGCACAGUGAUCUGUGUCAGAGGCACCUGUCUUUUAAAGAACAAAACAACCACAAAUAUAUUUUUUACAAACACUACUUAAAUUUUGUUUUUAUUUUGAUGUUGCUUGGGUGGAAAAAGUCCAUUCCAUUUUAGUGCUGUUCUUUUCAAUUUAAAGGGGAAAAAGGAAAAGAUCGAAUUCAUUCAAUUCCAAAUAAUAAUUAAAAAAAGAUUCUAAUCUGAGGUUUGCAACACUAGCAUUAACUCAGAUUGGAUCAUGAGAUAGACACACGCAUCAUUUACUGCUAAACUAAUGAAUGAAUGCUGGGCUGUAUUUUGAAUUAUACAAUAUUAUAGUCCUCUCUGAUGAGUAUUCUUGUAAUGGUAGCUAGUAAUAUCAUCACUACUCUACUAUCUAGUUGAAAAACAGAAUGUGUAGCUUGAGAAAAUAGACAGCUUUAUAGGUCCCUGGAUCUGCAAAAAUGAGUGAUCAUUCACAGCCAGACAGCAUCCCAAGGACAGUUGUUAAUAUUUGUGAAGUCUGGAAAGAGACUUAUCAAAACCAGCUCUGAGAUUCUAUCUUGGGGAAUCAAAAUCAAGUUAAAUUUCACAGUAUUUGCUAGUGGAAGACAUUGAAUGAUAGCUUCAUGUGCUAGAAACAUGCUUGGAAAACUUACAGAGAAUCACAGACUCAAGAUUAUAUAACUAGGGCCACUUUCUGAAUAGGCCUUGUGUUUGAAUUUUAUUUUUUUUUUAGCUUUUUACGGACUUUAUUUUGCAUAUCUGGGGGUGUUCCCCACCACUUCUUUAUGUGUGGUAUGCACUUUUAUGUACAGUGUGAGGCUUUCUGCUUUACAGUAUGUCCAGGAAAAUUCAAUCAUGACUUGCAAGCACAAGUUGUUCUUGAAAAUGUGACCUUUGUCUUUUGUUGAAAGGUUGCUUAAAUCUGAGUCUUCCAGUGUCACUGACUUAAUUAUUUAUGGGAAAUAAUAUUUUUUGGAGAUCUAUUCUGCCUUCCUAAUUCUUGAUUCAUAAUUAAUGUUCUUUAAAAAAAAAAAAUCCAAAUAAUCCAGGUUUUAAAAUCUGAUCUUUGAUUUGAACUGGCUGACAAUGUGCCCUUCCACUUAGGGAUGUCAGAAAAGACCACACAUCAGUUAGAAGGAGAAACUUCAUGAAUGCUUAAUUAAAGAGGAAUUAUUAAAUAUUUAUUUUGUAGCCCUAUGCUGUAUUGAAAUGAGAGGUAAAAGUUCUGCGUUCACCGACAGCUGUGUUUCAGGGUAUAUUAUUCCCUGCCCUUGUUCUCCAACUUUUCCAGUGGCACAGGUUCAUUGCCUGUUGUUAAUUAUCUCUUCCCUACAGAUAACUGAUUUCUGGAGCUGACAAGACCCAGUUCCAAGUCCCUAGCACACCUAUUUUUAAAUAAAUUAGAAGUAGGCGGGAGGGUUUUACUACGUUAGAUUGCUGCAGAACAUUCAUUGAGAACAAUAAAUUGAAAGCCUGGACACUGAAUUU